AUGGGACACAAUUUGUCAGUGACAGAGUUUAUUUUUGUUGGAUUUCCACAGCAUAAACGCUACUAUAUUUUAUUCUUCCUUAUAUUUUUAUUUAUUUACUUGGCAGUAAUUAUUGGGAACAGCCUGAUUCUUGCAGCAGUAAUAACAAAUAGAAAACUGCAUACACCAAUGUAUUUUUUUCUUUGCAAUCUUGCUGUAACUGACAUAUUUUUCACAACUACUACUAUCCCCAAAAUGUUAGCUCUCUUUGUUGCAGGCUCUGAUACUAUUACAUUCAGCCACUGUUUCAUACAACUGUGCUUUUUACAUGGGCUUGGAGUUGGUGAAGCUUUUUUACUUGUAGUUAUGGCAUUUGACCGGUAUGUUGCUAUCUGCAACCCUUUGCAUUAUAGAACCAUUAUGACUAAUGAAGUUAAUAUCUUCCUGGUUUUAAACACUUGGAUAUUACCAUUCAUAAUUUUAAUACCAGGGGUGGUUCUGGCAGCUCAUCUGCCUUUCUGUGGACCUAAUAAAAUCCAUCACUGUUUUUGUGAACAUCUAUUUGUUAUUAAAUUAGCUUGCAUGGAUAUUACUCCACAUGUUUAUCUUGGUUUCUCAAUUGCCAUGAUUGUAUCAUUUAUUCCAUUAAUUCUUGUUGUUUUGUCUUACAUUAAAAUACUGCUUGCUGUUUUUCAGAUAGCAUCCACAGAGGAACGCUUUAAAGCUCUAUCUACUUGUAGCUCUCAUAUCAUGGUUGUUUUCACAUAUUAUGUCUCUAUUAUUAUUGCAUAUGUUUCGUACAAAAUGGACAAUAUUUCUGACGAUUUUCAUGUUGUUGGUACAAUUUUCUUUACUAUACUAACUCCGACAAUGAAUCCUCUGAUUUACACAUUGAGAAACAGAGAAGUGAAACAAUCAGUUAUAAAUCUUAUGAAAAGUGUUUUGAUACUUUAG